AUGUCGAUUUUUUCUCCCACUCUUCCUUCUCAUUCUCCUAUUUCACCACCAUGCUUUUCCCGCCUCGUCACCGCUUCAUUCGGCCACCGCGCCCGCCGGCGUAGCCGCCGUCACAUCAAACUCAAACCCUCCGCCCCUAGCACCACCACCAUCUUCUCAGAACCUAAGCUCGAAACCGUCAUAGACCUCACAAUCUUCCCUUCCUUCCAUUCCAACAUCCGUGAAUUCGUUUCCUCCGGUAAAUCAGCAUACCGCGAUUUACAAACCUUGUUCACUCUCGACGAAAAUCGGAGAGUCGUCGUUUCGUGCCGGCCUUCGACUAUUCACUUCGUCGGAACUUCAGCUGCUUUGACGCUAGUAGCGUUUUCGGUUAUGAGAGUGUUGGUGGAAUUGGUUUCUAGGUUUGCGCCGUGGCGGCGGAACGCGGCUGGUUAUGAUAAGGCUAUGGUGAGGAGAGACCGGAGUCUUGGAGGGAAAGAGGUGGUGGUUGGAUUGGGUCCAAGGAGCGGCGUUACGGCGCCGAUUAAGCGGUCUUUGAAGAAUAAUAGGGUUGCAGUUCAAAGGAAAUUGCCCAAAUGGUGGCCAAUUGUUAAUGGUUCCAGUUAUAAUGGUUUUGAUUUUGACCUAAAUGAGCAAGAGGAAUAUAAAAGGGAUGCUUACAGACUGGUUCGAGCAAUCAUUGACAGUAGAAUGGCUGCAAAAGACAUCUCCGAGAGUGAUAUCAUACAAUUACGUCAACUAUGCCGAAAUUCUGGCGUGCAAGUGUCGGUUGAACCAGCGAAUAUUCGGGACUCCUUGUAUCGAACAUCUGUUAAUUUUGUUUUAGACGCUUGCAGCAGGGCACCAACUUACUCUACUUCAGUUAGUAUUUAUGGUGAGGAUUCUCAACAAUUCCUUGCUGGAUUUGCGGAAAACAUCGGCCUUGAAAAUGUUCGCGCUGCAACAAUUGUGUCUGCAGCUGUGGCUUCACGUACACGCGCUUGUCUUUUGCAGGCUUGGGCUCUGGAAAUGCAAGGCAAACAUGUUGAUGCUUUGGGAGAACUGUCAAAGAUGUGCCUUAUCCUACAAGUAUUUCCUCCCGAGGAAUCUUCGCCUGAAAUGGAGAUGGUUAGCCGAGGCCUAGCGAAACACUUGAAACUAGAACAAAGAGAACACCUUAUGCUUCUCUUUGGUAAAGUUUGCAAUGAAGACAGUCACGGGAUCGCAAGAGAAGCCCUUGGUUUGAUGCAUUCUCAAAAUUACAGCGCUGUUCAACUUGAAGACAACCUUGAAGCUGAAAGAUAA